CAAAUUUCCAUUGGAAGAAGCUCAAUAUCUCAACAGAUAUAAAUACUCCCUGCUCCAAACGGCACACUCAAGGUGGAGAGAUUGUUGCCAACACUGCAGAAGAUGAAUAAUAUCAACAUAAUGCGGGUUUCUCUGAGUCUGCUCCUGGCUGCAUGGUCCUGUCUGGCUCCAACCUCAGCCUUCAAGUUAGCAUCACUCCGGUCCAGAAGAAUGGUUGGGGGGACCCUGGCUCCUCAUGUCCCCUGGCAGGCCAUGGUCUACAUUGCUGACAGUGUGCUGGACGGAGGCUAUGCAGGCGGUGCUCUCAUCUCCGACCGCUGGGUUUUGACGGCUGGCAGGAACCUGUUUGUUAGGAAGAGUCGGCCGGACACUCAAGGUCAAGAUCCUGUCAUUCCUAAAGUGUACUUGGGAAUCACGGAGCGGGCAGAAGCUGAUGUCUCCAGAGAGGUUGCUGUGGCGAAGGUUGUUCUCCAUCCAGCCUUCCAGAACCAAUCUGAGUGGGACAACGACCUGGCGCUGAUCCAGCUGAAGGAGCCCGUGGUUAUGAGCGAUAAAGUGACCCCCAUCCCCCUGCCCGAGAGCGGCCAGGACGUGGCAGACACCGCAGGGUUGUCAGGCACCAUCAGCGGCUGGGGCUGGGGGAUCCUUCUCACCCCUGCCACAUCACUCAAAUACCUCGUACUUCCUCUGGCCAAUCACUCUGACUGUAAGGCAGAAUAUGAACGUAUCGAGCUCGCACCAGUUGUAGAUGACAACAUGUUCUGCACCGGACCCACCAAGUAUGAGGAAAACGUUUGUUUUGGCGAUGCAGGAGGCGCUCUGGCUGUCACAGAUGCUGAAACUGGGGACAUCUACGCUGCAGGGAUCCUUUCCUAUGACAAGUCCUGCAGGAGCUCCAAGUACGGCGUCUACAUGAAGAUUUCCUCGUAUUUGCCCUGGAUCCACAGUGUCAUCAAAGGACAUGCAGAGAAAUCGCCUGUUCUGACCUAAUGUCUAUGUACUCAUGGCAGCCAUUGAGCUUCAGCCUCUGUUCUUUUGAUUUUGUAGAGAAAUCUUUGUAAUGUCCGUAAAUCUGUGAAUUCUAUGAAAUGCUUGUAAUGUUACCACCACUGCUGCGUUCUGUCACGUUCAUGCUGCGAUUAAAAAGGAACAAAUAUAUAAAUAUCCAGUAUUUGAAAUUCUUCUUGUUUGCCAUAAUACACAUAAAUUGUCCCGCGAAGAACAAUGUCAUCUGUUCAGCAAAUGGCCAAAAGGACAGCAAUAGUAAUUAUAAAGGAGGAAGUAGCGUGACAUUGUUUUUCAUCCAGCUCCCUUUUCCAUUAUUUCCACAAGUACUACUGUCACUUUCCAUUUGUACAAAUGACUUGAGUUUCACUAUGAAAGCCUUCAAAAGUCAAAGUGUGUGCUGUGAUCCCCACAUUUAAAUGAUAACUGUGUCUCGCCUCUCCCUAACGGCUGGUGUGUGAUUGUUUUGAACAGCUAUAAACACUUACCAACUAGUU